CGAUGUCGCCCAAACCACGCUUAUCAAGCUCAGUAGUCACACUACUGCUCCACCCACUCUCUCAAAGUAUGAAAUAGCGACGGUGUUUUGAAUUUCUCUCAAACGAGCAUUGAUUUUGCGAGCAUUGAUUUUGCGAUAUUUUCAGGCAAAACUUGGAUUUUUCUGCUGAAGUAGUGAAGUAAUCAUCGAUCUGUUCCUAUUUUCUGUUGCUUUGUAUUUUUCGAUCCCGUGAUUUAUAGCAUUGAUGGGGCUUCUAAGUAUCAUCCGGAAAAUCAAGCGGAAAGAGAAAGAAAUGCGAAUUCUUAUGGUGGGUCUUGAUAACUCAGGAAAAACUACGAUUGUUCUGAAAAUUAAUGGAGAGGACACAAGCGUAAUCAGUCCCACGCUGGGUUUCAACAUCAAGACCAUCACUUAUGACAAGUAUACCCUUAAUAUAUGGGAUGUUGGAGGGCAAAGGACAAUAAGGUCUUAUUGGAGAAACUAUUUUGAGCAAACGGAUGGUUUGGUAUGGGUUGUUGAUAGCUCGGAUCUUAGGAGGCUGGACGAUUGCAAACUCGAGCUGGAUAAUCUUUUGAAAGAAGAGAGGCUAUCAGGAGCAUCACUACUGAUUCUAGCAAAUAAGCAGGACAUACAGGGUGCUCUCACACCAGAUGAACUAGCAAAAGUGCUCAACUUGGAAGCCAUGGAUAAAACCCGGCACUGGAAAAUUGUUGGCUGUAGUGCUUACACUGGAGAGGGGCUGCUCGAGGGACUUGAUUGGUUGGUUCAGGACAUCGCCUCUCGAAUCUACAUGCUAGAUUAAGUCAUUGUAAUCAUGUGUUUUGUUGACAUUUUGUUAAAUUCAUAUUUUCGCAUCAAUACUAUUGCAAAUGUAAAACCAGAAAACUUGCCUGUAAACUCUGUUAUCUGUUUAAUUAUCUUUUUUGGUUGGUGAAA